AUUAAUACUCACAUCAGAGAUAUAACUGAUCAAUAACUCAUUCCAAAUUUUUCUGAUCAAAAUGUGGAUCAACAAGUUCUUUUUCAUUCUUCCAGUAAUUGUAUGCAUCGCUGUGUUAGGUACAGCUCAAACGUUGCCUUCACAACCUAUCCCUGAACAGGACGAAGCAGAUUGUUUGUCAUCGCUGGAAGCUAUUCCCGACUGUGUCCCUGAGAUUUUCCGAUCCAUCAUAAAUGGACAAAUCGGGAAUGUUGGUCCCUCUUGCUGCCAUGCCUUUUUGCGUAUUGAUGAGGAAUGUGCCACUCAAAUGUUCAUUUUCGCUCCUUUUUUCCCUCCGACUCUAAGGGAUCACUGUUCCCAAGAUUAA